UUUCUGUCUCUCCCUCUUCCAUCCUCUCUCUCUCUACAAUCAAUAAAAAACAUUGAAAAAGAAGAAGACCAUCUUUUACAGUAGUUCAGCGGGGAAAGCGUAAGAGGAAAACAGAUAAAGUUUGUCUUUAAUACACUUUUUAUCAUGUUGUCCUCAAGUCUGCUGUUAUCAUAUGGAAAACCACUCUUUGCAUCUAAAUUGUAUACUAAGGUCAUUUGACUGCUAUAUUUACUAUUUAUGUAUGUAUUCUGGAAAUCCUAAGAAUCAUUCCAGCAAGACACAGGACUUCUCCAGUGGGUGGCUUUGGCUCAAGGACUCCCCCUUGACAUGGCUGAGCCCUUCUUGGAACUGUGCCUCAGCCCAAGACUUCCUACCCAGCACCCCUUCCCCCUCUCCUUCUACAGGUCUGAAUCAUGGUCUAAAAGCUCUCCCUACCUUCUCCUUCCUUUCCCAAUAAUCCUCUUGCACAUCUAAUCCUGUCUUGGCCUCUGCUUUCAGCAGACCCAGACCAACACAGCAAACAACGUAUACGUAAAACAUAUUUACUGCCUUCAAGAAAACAGUGAUAGUCACAGGUGGGUAGGUGGAAGGAAAGAAGAACAAAUGAAAAAAUAUUAUUUACACGUUAUGGUAUUAUGUUCCAAAUAGUUUUUGUUGUUUUGUUUUUAGUGCACAAGAGGAAAAGACUGUUAAUAAUGAGGAUUCAAAAGGGAAGGUUCUGGGGGAAAUAGGCACAUUGCCUCCUGGCACAUAGUAGGUCUGCAUAGUAGGUAAUUGUUUAGUGAGCACAAUUUGGAUAGAUGGGUGUGAGGGACAGGGAGGAUGUGUUAGAGCUUAGACACCAUGUAGAAGAAAAGAACCAGUAUGAUCGCUGGAACUGAGGAUUUCUGUGAGGAGUGGUGGGAGAUCAAGUUUGAGAGAUAGAUUGGAAAUUAUCCUAGAGGACUUUAUAUACUAGACUAAGGCAUGAAUUUUAUUCUGCAGGAGUCGAAAGACCAUAAGUGGUGUGUUAGUAGGAAAUACAGUGAUAGUGGGAUUUUAGAGACAUAACCUGUGUGCAGUAUGGUUAGGGAGAGGCAGAUUGAUUCUGAGGCUCUGCUGCCCAGUUUUGUGAUGGUAAUUGGUAGCAGGAAAGUGGAAAGAAGGAGUGAUUCAAGGGACACUGUAAAGUGAGAAGAAACAGACUAACUGCAUAUGGAGUGGGGGUGGUGAGCUAGUUUGAGCAGAAAUGGACCUGAGGUUUUGUGCUUUGACAACACUGAGCAAAGCAGUACCACAGAAACAGAAAUGAUCCUGGAUUGAACAGGCUGCCUGCUCCCUUGCCUUUUGUAUCCAGGCUGAGUUUAGAAGGAAAAAAAUGACCUCUACUCCUUUAUGUCCACUGGUUUUACAAACUGUGUGGCACUCACUGCUUGUUAAAACUUGGUAGACUUAAGAAAACCAGUUUUGCAUUUUGGUUUCUAUCUUGUUCUGUGGUAUUUUGCAUGCGCAGUAAUUGUGAUGCUGCCGUCACUUUACGCACUGGGGAUGUGCAUGGACGUCUGCGCCUCAGCGAAUAAUAAAUCCGCAUCUUUUCAAAGGUUGUGUCUGGAGAAGGUGUCUCCACGCUGGUUUUUUUGUUCGAGAGCGUUCUCAGGAGCAGAAGCAGUCAAUGCCUUGAGGCCGUUCUAUUUUGCAGUGCACCCAGAUUUCUUUGGACAGCACCCCAGAGAAAGGGAAGUCAAUGAAAAUUCCCUUCAGAGGUUAAGUGUCUAUUUAGAAAACCUCCAGAAACCAGGCUUCAAGUCCUUGAAACCAACUCAGCUCACAUUUUAUGUGAGAGAAACAGACCAGAAUUCCUCUGAUGGCCAGGAACCCUUUAGUACUUUUGGAUUUCGAGCAGUCAAAUUUACUUUGCACACCAGAGAUCUGCUAAGCACAGUAUUAUAUAUUCUCAACUCCUGCAGUUUAUCAGUUGAACAUGUCCAAAGCUCAAAUAGCAGUGCGCAUCCCCAGCCUCUCAAAGAGGCGAAAAGGAUGCCUGACAGGCCCAUCAAAUGGGAUAAGUCUUAUUACACCUUCACUGGAUUCAAGGACCCAGAUGAAGACCUCGAGCACGUCUCGAAAAUGGAAACAACCCUAACAUCCUGGUUAGAUAACAAUGGGAAACGUGCUGUUAAAAAGCUGGAGAAUAGUUUGCCACUUAGAAAAGAACUAGAUCGUUUAAAAGAUGAACUGUCUCAUCAGUUGCAGCUCUCAGAUAUCAGGUGGCAGCGGAGCUGGGGCCUUGCCCAUCGCUGUAGCCAGCUGCAUAGUUUAGGCCGCUUAGCACAGCAGAACUUGGAAACACUUAAAAAUGCAAAAGGGUGUACAGUAAUAUUUACAGACCGGUCCGGGAUCAGUGCAGUGGGGCAUGUGAUGCUGGGGACAAUGGACGUCCAUCAUCACUGGACAAAACUUUUUGAAAGAUUACCAAGUUAUUUUGACCUUCAGAGGAGGCUGAUGCUUCUAGAAGACCAAAUAAGCCAUCUUCUGGGUGACAUACAGGUUGUUUAUAUCGAAGAACUGCAGCCAGUGCUGACACUUGAGGAGUAUUACUCUCUGCUCAACGUGUUCUAUAACCGACUGUUGAAAAACAGAAUACCCUUCCACCCUCGCAGUCUGCGUGGGUUACAAAUGAUCCUCAACAGUGACAGAUACGCUCCCAGCUUGCAUGAACUCGGGCAUUUUAACAUCCCCACGCUCUGCGACCCAGCCAACCUGCAGUGGUUUAUUCUCACCAGAGCCCAGCAGGCGAGAGAGAACAUGAAGAGGAAAGAUGAGUUAAAGGUUAUGGAAAAUGAGUUGAUUCAGGCUUCAACGAAGAAAUUUUCCCUGGAGAAGUUUUACAAGGAGCCCAGCGUGUCUAGUAGACAGAUGGUGGAUUGCUGCAAGAGACUUCUGGAGCAAUCACUGCCUUACCUACAGGGGAUGCACCUCUGCGUCUCACAUUUUUACUCCGUGAUGCAAGAUGGAGACCUCUGCAUCCCUUGGAAUUGGAAAAAUGGAGAAGCCAUGAAAUAGCACAGAAGUCCAUAUUAUUUUUUUAAAGAGAGAAGAAAGAAACUGUUAAAUUAAACUUACUUAAAUCCACAGUUUGCUAAAACAGUAUUAUUUACCUACUCCAAGAACAAAGUUUCUAACUGCUGCUUUGAAAGUAGAGCUAUUUUUAAAAAAUAAUUGCUGCUGGGAAACUUGUUUUAAAAAGGUUUUCUUUCACUCCCCAUCUUAUGCUGUUUCUUAUCUGACUGGCAAGACCAGGCAAAAAGCUGUUGGGAUGAAAGACCGUAUUUGUGGUAUGUGAGGGAUUGUACAGAGUUACAAAUCUAUAUUUUUAUAUGAGUGAAUGUGGGUGAGUACGCAACCCAAUUCAACAUGCAACUUCAUAGUCACAUCCCCUUGAUCAGUACAUGUACUAUGCAGCCAGUAUGGACAGUUGAUGUCCAGAACAGAACAUUGACGGGUAGCAAAAGCUGCAUAACCGGACUUUGCCCAACAGAAAGAAUGGAAGGAAAAAAGCCAUUGACUGAGUAUUUGGUAUUGAGCAUCUUCAGUGACAGAGAAUUUAGUUUUAAACCAUAAGUUUUCCUUCCCAUUGAAAUAGUGAAACCGUAGCAUAAAACCAACAAACAGUGAAUUUUUCUGAAUCAUUUAAUGAGGUAACUCAUUUGUUGCCGGGGAAAACACUACCCAGAAAAAUUCUUGUUUCCCAAAGAGUCCCAGCCAUUCAGGAUUCUCACCCCUCCCACCAGUGUUUGGAAUGCUAUUUCGACCACCGAGCCACCCCUGUAAACACAGGGCUUCUGUCUCUGCAGAUAUUUUUCUUAGGAUAUUCUUCACCAGAUCCAAGACCUCUUCAUUGUUUCUCAAGAGCACAAGGUGAGUCCUGGCUUGCGGCACCAUUUUUGUGGCCCUUGCUGCUGAAGAAGUGAGGAAUUUUUCCCCACAGUGCGUUAGAAAAGAAAGACGUUUAAAACCGUUCUCGAAGUAUGUUUUAAAUUAAUCUGAAACACUGGUUAUUUAAACUGGUUAAAUGUGUUUUCAAAAGAAAUACUGGUUUGUAGUUAUUACAGCAUGUGCAUCAUCCCUUCUCACAUGUACUUACAUUUUCUUCUAAUGUAACAGUGUUUCCAGAGCCAAAUGAUGGCAGAGAAAAGGUCCUUAAAGGUUACUUAAGAAAAUUUAUUGGAAAAGUAGGUUUGGAUUAUGUCAUUUCUAAAAUCAUUAGUAUGUUUUGAAUUGGACUUUGUCUCAGAACUAAUUGUUACGUAAUAAAUAAUAUAUUAAUCAGA